AUAAUAUUGUUCCACUUACAAUUGCUCAAUUAAGCGACCGCAGAGCGACAGAAACACCCAUAAAUCGGACGAAAUGCACCCGUUCCGCCUUUAGUGAACGUCCAACGAGAGUGGAGUCAUCGCGGGGCAAGCAACAUGCAACAUCUGGCCGAAAAGAGCGUCGAGCGAAGGUAGAAAACAAACAUUGACAUAACACGUCAACGGUUGGGAGCAGCAGUCGAACCACCGGGGAAACCAUACGGCGCGGCACUCUAAUCGCAGAGCAUGUGUUAUGGCCACGACAAGGUCCGCCGGAGAUGCCGCCACGUCCGUUGAGUCCGGAUCGGGACCGGGGAGCGCCGGCUUCAGGAAGCUGUCCACGGCCAGUGGCGGUGGAAUCGCCGGAGGAGCGGCGCCCAGCUGGCAAAGCUGCUACUACUGCACCAGGGAGCACUUCAAGACCAUCAGCGACUUUGUCAAUCACCUACGCAAUCGUCACUGCACCCGCGAGGGCGGCUCCUUCGUGUGUCGCUAUGGCUUCAAUGGAGUAUGCGCCUCCCUGCCACUGGACGGAGUCUCGGACCGCGACUACGACGCCCAUGUGGCCAAGUACCAUGUCAACCAGCACACCCGCGAGAUGCCUCCCGAAUGGGGAGUCUACUCGGCCGCCCAGAACCUGCCAGCAGUGCUCAAUGAUCCCUCGCGCGGCAAGCAGAGCAACCUGUUCACCAAAAAGUGGGGCGAGCACUUUGUGGAGCGCAGUCAUGUCCCACCAUCGCCCCGUUUGCCGGAUAUAACCCAUGCGGACUUUUCCGUAUAUCUGGGCAGCAUCGGGAAGCGAUAUCGCUGGCACGAGCGCCGUCAGCAGCAACUGGAGCGCGAUAAACCGCUGGAGAAUGGAGCACAAGGAACACCUGGACCGGGAAGUGGUGGUCAGACACCCACGCACUUCAGUUCGGUGCCCGAGAUCUUUCUUAAAUCACAGCUUCAGCUACAUAACCCGGCCACCUUCAAGCAGGUGUUUCCCAAUUACAUGCAAACCUCUGCUUCCAGUCCGGAAACCCACCAGCAAACUGGGCGCCAGCUGCAGGAACAGCUGAGUCAGUACCUGGACAUGGUGGAGGUGAAAAUUGCACAGCAGGUUUCGCAGAAAUCAGCUGCAUUCUUUCACGCCAUGACCACACAGCAUGCUAUUUUGGCUGAGAUGGAGCAGGCAGCGGAUCAAGUGCGUCAGUUAAGGGCAGCCCUGGCCCAACUCCACAGCCACUCGGUUGUGGACAGCUUCAAAGUGCUGCGUUUUGCCCAACGAAGACAGCACUACAACCUUACACUAGACAAGCUCCGACUGAUGGCCACCGUGCACAAGACCCAACCGAUGCUACAGCUUCUCCUGGGCACACAGGACUAUGUGGCUGCCCUGGAUUUGAUAGGAACCACUCAGGAGAUCCUUUCCGCCGAACUCCUUGGCAUUCACUGCUUCAAGCACCUGCCCAUGCAGCUAAGCGAGAUGGAGAAGCUUAUCGACAAGAUGCUAACCACGGAAUUUGAACGCUAUGCUGCCGCGGAUCUCAAUCGACCGCUGACGGAUGCCCUCCGUGAGACGGACAGCGUUUGCGCCGAGGAGGAUAAACUGGUUGCCAUCGUGAUGGGUCUGCUGCGGAAGCAGAACUUUUCCUUUGUCCAGGCCUACCAGCAAGAAGCCAUUGCCACCAUUCGAGCCAUCAUAAAACAACUGUUGAUUGAGGUUUUGGCGCGCAGUGACAGCGAUCAAGAAAUCAGCUUAACGGGUCACGGGGAGCAGGCCUUGGAGCUCACCCUGCCCGAGUGGAUUGCCCUCCUGCAACGCUCCAGUCAGGCCUUGGUUUCUAUUCUCGAACGCAUUAAAACUGUAGUGGGUAUAAUGCAGCAAACAGCGGACGCAGCUGUGGGAGCCCAGGAUGCGGUGAAUCUGAUAGAUUCGGAAGCCUUUCUGAGUCCUGGACACCACGAGCAAUUAAAGUCCCAGCUGCAGCACCUCCAACAGGCCGUCUGCCAUUACUGCCAUGAGCGUUGUGCCAAUAUUGUUUCCCCUCAGAGCCUGGAAAAGAGUUCGGCGAGUGAGCAGGAGCUCUCCCAACUCUCUGAGAUUGUGGAACAGUUUGGCGAGACCACGAGGAGCAUUUGUGGAGUGGCCAGUGUGCCUCUUCAGUUAGCCUUAAAAGUCCAGGCCUCGCGAUACGCUCAAAGAUUCCAUUCAGAACGGAAACAGAAGUUGUCUUUACUUCUGGAUCAGGAGCGCUGGCGCCAGGUGGAUAUUCCGCAAGAGUUUCAGAGGAUAAUAGAACGAAUGGCCGCCGGGGAUUAUGCAAAACCGGAGAUGAGUAAUCUGAUAAGCAAUGGCGCAGGCAAUCCCGUGCUUCUGGUGGAAGGUAAACAGCCGUACACUUUGGUCAGCGCUUCGCUGAUGCUCAUCCGAAUGCUGUAUGAAUACGGAGGUAGUGCCCAUAGGUUGCCAUUGCUAGCCAGCUAUCAUGCCCGGAAUGUGGUGGACCUACUGCGGUGUUUCAACUCACGAAGCUGCCAACUCAUCAUCGGAGCAGGCGCCAUGCGGGUGGCUGGCCUAAAGACCAUUACUAGCACCAACCUGGCACUCGUUUCCCGAGCACUCCAACUAGUUCUUUGGCUGCUGCCCAAGCUGAGGGAGCACUUCCAGGCGAUGAGUGGAUACGAGGCCAUCGAGCGGGACUACCAUGGUCACAUCAAAGAGAUCGAAAACAAGAUACACGGGAUAGUAUCCGAGAGGUUAGCAGCUCAGCUGGAAGCCUGGGAUGCCCGACCACCAAUACCUUCUCAGACCUUCCGUCACAUCUCCCGUCAUCUGGUGAAACUCCACGAGGCCAUCGCCGGAGUGCUGCCGGAGGCACAGAUCCACGAGAUCUACGGCGUGGUGCAUCGAAACUUCAAGGACAAGAUGCGGGAACAACUGCUCAAGUUGAAUGUGAACAACAAUGGGGGUCCGCAGCAUGGAGUGGUGACUUCGGAGUUGACCUUCUACAUGGAGACGCUGCGCACACUGAAAGCCCUGCCCGCCGAUCAGCUGGACAACGGUAUUCUGGAGGAGAUCUGGCUUUACUGAGCAUUUCGAAGUAUUCCAAAAGGUUGACGCGGAAAUCCUCCGACCGCCCAGCCGAGUUCGUCUUCAUUGUUUGUUAUCCUUGUUUUAUUUAUUCCAUUUCGAUCGACGCGUCUAAUUUGUUUGCCCCUGUACAUUGCUUGUACUUUUAUGUUCCGCCCUAUAACAAAAGGAAAUAGGAAAUUUAUCUCUUUUGUUGCGCACUUUUUAUAACAUUUAAGCUUAAAGUCACUGAAAAGGCUUAUGAUUAAAGAAUAGUAAAUAAUAAAAAUCGUAUAAAUGAGAAUAAA